AUGAAAUUCACCAUCGACACGUACGAUUACGAGUGCACCGCCAAGUGUCGUCUCGUAAGCCAUGGCAACGCGAUCACCGCCGCGCUUACCAAGCGCUCCGUGCCGGAUAAGCAGUUGGCGGCGUUCGUUGCGAAAACGUGCCGCAACUUUGCCAACGUUCUCGACGAGUACGGGCGUUCGGCGCUCCACAUGGCGGCAUCGGUUGGCCGGGACGUGCUCGUUGAGUGGCUCAUCAAUCAGGGUGCGAACAUCGCGCAGAAGGACGCGGAAUCGGGCCACACGGCUCUUCACCGGGCGCUGUACUACGGAAGCGUAGCGGCGGCCGUACGGCUGGUGAAACACGGUGCGGCACUCGAUACGCCGGACAAAGAUUUCGUGAACCCGUUGCAGCUCUGCAGUAGCGGCAAGCGUUUGCCGGUCUGCGACACCGAGGUCGUGGUGUGGGGAAAGAACAAGAAUUACAACCUCGGCAUCCACUCACUGUGGGAGCGCGAGCGGCCCGAUUUCAUAGACUGCUUUCUGGAAGACAACAUUCGGAUCAAACGAGUUGCGAUCAGUGCGUACCACAGUGUGUUUCUUCCACCCGACUCGAAGGAGGUGUACGUGGUGGGGUUUGGCGUCGGCGGGCGCCUGGGCAUGGAUGGUGAAUACACGGUCAUCCGGCCACAAAGGUUGCCGGUCCCUGCAUCCCAGAACACGACGAUCGUUGACGUUAGUGCCGGUAAAUAUCACACCCUUCUGCUGCGCGACGAUAAUCGCAUUUUCGCCUGCGGAGAGAACAAACACUGCCAGCUGGGAAUCAGCCCACCACCGGAGAAGCAGCUAACCUUUCGGGACAUUAGCGAACGUUCGGUCCUAUACAACAACACGAUCGCACGCGUCAUCGCCAAGGACUACCACUCGAUCGCGGUGGGCAUCAAGGAGGUGUACGUGUGGGGACUGAACGGCGGUCAGUUUGGGUUGGAACGCGAUGCCCACGAUGAAGUGUUUGUGCAGCCAAAAGCGUUGGUGCUUCCGGGGAAACGGGAUGCAACGGUCGUCCUGGUGGAGUCCAGCAAUGCUGCCAUCGCGGUGUGGACGUUGCCGGCCUGCUUGUACAUUCUGUACGGCUUUAAGGUGAAAACGUUCAAAAACCCGCUAAUGGAGCAAAUCAUCCACCUCUCGGUGGCGGGCGGUGAUCUGCAGACCGCGCGCGAGGAUGUCACCCGCCAGAUGGGUGAGGUGCGCGUGAUCGUGAUCACCGUUUCGCACCUCAUCUGCAUCUGGUACGAAGAGCAGCAGCAGUUUGUGCGCUGCGUGUUCUCUCAGGCGUGCAACCUGGAGGUGGAGAACAUGAUGUGGUGCGGGGACAGUGUGCUGGUACUGCUGCUGGGCCAUCUGUACCGUGGCACGCUGACGCACCGAGUGUCGCGCUCGGUACGGUCCCAUCACAGUGGCUCGAUGAAGAUGUUCAUCCGACGGAGUGACGUAUGCGAAUCGUUGAAAACCCGCAUCGAGCUACAACGCAUUCCGAAUGUAACCCAUGUGAGGGAUUUUGUGUGCCAUGAGGGGGUCGAAAAUUAUGCGGCACUGAUCGAACACUCGCGGCGGACGUUGGAGGUGCCAGAGUGGAAGCCAGGGUGCACCGGGUUCGAUUCACUGCUGGCCGGUGCGUCCCCGGACGAUGCCGUGCACGAU